AUCCACGCAGAGAUGCGGUGCAGCCACACGCGCGCGUGCGAUAUAAACUAGUCAGCCGUUUGGAGUUUAGACGCUGCUCCCCUUCCUAAAACCUGAGAAAAUUCCCCCAAUUUCCUCAUCUCCAAUUUCACACACACCACACGCACUCCGAGUCUCCGACGAAAUGGCUGAAGCUACGGUGGUCGCCGUGGAUCCACCGACGGAACCGCCGCCGGAUUUCGGUGAUUUCGGAUGCGGCCUGCAAAUUGCGCCUCUCGACGACGGUUUCUUCUCGCAUCACGUCUUCAACGGCGAUGGUGUGGCGGGGGAAAACGGUAGAGACGACGUCGUCGUGCUCGAAGACCUCGAUUUCGAUUUUUCCUUCGACGAUCUCGGCCUUCCCCCGGCAGACGAUCUCGAUCACCUUCUUAACCCCUCGCAGCUGCGGCAGUUUCAUUCCCAACCCAGAGUGGAUCCGAGUUUCGCCCAAGUUGGGUCGAAUUACGAACAAAUGCAUUCUGUUUUCAAAUCGUCGUCGUCGGAGCUGCGUCACCUUUCCGGAGAUGGUGAUUUCUCGGGCAAUCGGAGCUGCGAUGGCUCGGGGCUUAUGAAUUCCACUUCUCCGGAUACAGAGUCGCAGCAGAUUUCUGCCUAUCUCAACAUGCCGUCGCCGGAAUCGAACGGAUCGAACCGCGGCAGCGCUGACAAUGGCGAUGAUGACGGGAAGGGGUUGAAUUGCCCCUCGCCAGACUCGCAGGGUUCCGGGAAUUUUGAGUCACAUGUCUCGGAGGAUUCAAAUAAUUGCGUCGCCAGAUCGGUAAGUUCUUCACCUAAUUCGAGUAACAGUUCGGUUAGAAAUAGUGUUGUUGAUCAGAAGAUUAAGUUAGAGGAUCCCGCUAGUAAUAAUAGCAGCAUUUCUUUGCUGAAAAGGAAAAAAGAAGGUGAAGAUUUGACGCAUAGCGACUCAAGGAUUAAGUACAGGAAAUCUAACUGUAAUGCAGAGAAUAACAAUAGUAGCAAUAGUAAUGAGGGGUUGAGUGAGGAGGAUGAGAAAAGAAAGGCACGGCUGUUGAGGAAUCGGGAGAGUGCCCAAUUAUCUAGACAGAGGAAGAAACAUUAUGUAGAGGAGUUGGAAGAUAAAGUGAGGAGCAUGCAUUCAACAAUUCAAGAUUUAAAUUCGAAGAUUUCAUACUUCAUGGCAGAAAAUGCUACUCUGAGGCAACAAAUGGGUGGUGGUGGUGGUGCCCCCGCUCCCCCUGCUGCUGCGCCUCCUCCUAUGGCACCGCCUCCUCCUGGGAUGUACACACAUCCAGCCAUGAUGUACCCAUGGAUGCCAUAUGCUCAACCUUAUAUGAUGAAGUCGCAGGGCUCUCAAGUGCCCUUGGUACCGAUCCCUAGGUUGAAACCGCAGCAGCCAGCGCAGGCCCCAAAACCGAGCAGGAAGGUGGAAGGCAAGAAGAAUGAUGGGCCGAAGACCAGGAAGGUUGCUGGUGUUAGUUUUCUUGGUUUGCUGUUCUUCAUAAUGUUGUUUGGAGGCUUGGCUCCAAUGGUUAAUGUUAGAUAUGGAGGGGCAAGGGAAGCAUUCACCGGGGGACAGAGUUAUAUUACAGGCGGGUUUAGUGAGAAACAUCGUGGAAGAGUGUUGAUGGUAAAUGGUACUGAGUUUGAUGAGAUACAUGGUGGUAGAAUAGAUUACAGUAGUAAUGGUAGUGUACGUCAUGGUCAAAGAGGUCAGGCGAGUCCAGGGGAUCCAAGUGCAGAUGAAUCUGUUCGAUUGGGCAAUGGAAGUGAACCUCUUGCAGCGUCGUUGUAUGUGCCCAGGAACGAUAAGCUUGUCAAGAUUGAUGGGAAUUUAAUCAUCCAUUCGGUUUUGGCAAGUGAAAAAGCUAUGGCAUCUAACCGGAAUGGUGGUGGUGAGACUGGCCUGGCAGUUCCUGGAGAUUUAGCUCCUGCAAUUCCUGGUCAGGAUAUGGGAAGAAAUGGUGCUAGACAUCCCCUUUUAAGAGCUCUUGGUGCAGCCGAUAAGGAUGGUAUGAAGUCAACAGCAACUGAUGGCAGGCUCCAGCAGUGGUUCCGUGAAGGCCUGGCCGGGCCGAUGUUGAGUGCUGGUAUGUGCACAGAAGUAUUCCAAUUUGACACGUCAGCUGCAUCAGGAGCCAUAGUCCCGGCCAGUACUUCAAGAAACAUAUCUGAAGCACAGAGUAAGAAUUCUAGCAAGGCAAGAAAUAGGAGGAUUCUCCAUCCAAUCCCACUUCCAGAGUCCUCUCACAAUAUCUCUGGCGAGCACACACGAAGAAGAUCAGAGAAAGAGGACUUGAACAUAAACAAAAACACAUCUUCAAUGGUGGUCUCUGUGCUUUUCGAUCCCAGAGAGGUAUCCGAUGCUGAGGUGGACGGUGUGAUGGGGACGAAGUCCCUGUCACGGAUCUUUGUUGUUGUACUGAUGGACAGUGUUAGGUACGUCACUUACUCGUGCAUGCUUCCCUUCAAGGCUGCUCCUCAUCUUGUAACUGCGUGAAAAAAAAUGAAGGUCGUUCACCAGUUUUGUAGAUAGUGUAAGGCGCAACCUUCGUUAGAGAGAAGAUCACUAUAUAACUUUGUUAACUGCUUAUGUAACUGGAACUUUGCAUAAUAAUGUUGAGUUUGAGAAAAUGUAGACUGAUGUUUCGUGAUGUACCAUGGAUCUUAUACUAAUAUAGAUGCAAGUUCCUUUUUA